GAUGCCAUUCGCAUGGCAGUUCAGCUUCAAAACUACACAUCAGAAAAGGAAGAGAAGUUCCUCCCAAAAGGAUCCGUUUACAAAAAUGCAUAUGCAUUUCAUCAAAGCCACAUUGAGAUGGUGAAGAGAUUCAAAAUAUGGAUCUACCAGGAAGGAGAGCAACCUCUAGUGCAUAAUGGGCCAUUGAAGGAUAAAUACGCCCUAGAAGGACAAUUCAUCGAUGAAAUGGAGAGAAAAACCAAUCCAUUCCGGGCUAGUCAUCCUGAUGAGGCACAUGCUUUUUUUCUGCCGCUUAGUGUUUCAAGUAUUGUUCGCUAUGUUUACUUGCCUAUCAUCUCCAUCAACGACUACUCUCGUGACAGGAUGCAACGGCUGCUGAUGGAUUAUAUCUCCAUCCUUGCUCAGAAAUACCCCUUUUGGAAUAGAACCCACGGCGCCGACCAUUUCAUGGUCUCAUGCCACGACUGGGCACCAGAGGUUACAAACGACAAUCCAGAGUUUUUUCGAAACUUCAUAAGAGUCCUUUGCAAUGCCAACACUUCAGAGGGAUUUGAUCCCACAAGAGAUGUGUCAAUGCCCGAACUCUACUUGCCGCCGUUAGGGAGAUAUGGCCCCCCACGUCUGAGCCAGGGCCCCCAAAACCGGUCGAUCCUGGCGUUUUUUGCAGGAAGGGCUCAUGGUUACAUACGGGAAAAGCUAUUCAACGAUUGGAAGAACAGAGACAAUGAAGUUCAAGUUUAUGAGCGUCUACCAAAAGGCCUAGAUUACACAGAAAUGAUGGGUCAAAGCAAGUUUUGUCUAUGUCCAAGUGGGUUCGAAGUGGCAAGCCCAAGAGAGGUUGAAGCAAUUUAUGCGAGUUGUGUUCCUGUGAUAAUUUCUGAUAAUUAUUGGUUACCGUUUAGUGAUGUACUUAACUGGGACCAAUUUUCUAUACAUAUUCCAACGGAGAAGAUAUCGGAAAUCAAGACCAUCUUGAAAGGAAUUUCAAAUAACAAAUACUUGAAAAUGUAUAGAAGAGUAAAGAGAGUGCGGAGACAUUUUGUUUUGAACCGACCGGCAAAGCCAUUUGAUGUGAUUCAUAUGAUGCUUCACUCAGUGUGGCUCAGGAGACUCAACUUCAGACUGCCAGCUUCAUCAUAAUUGUAGAAGGAGGAUAUAUAUAUAUAUAUAUAUUGUGCUGUUAAUUGGAUUUGGCCCUAUUGGUAAGUAAUUAAGCGAAAAAAGGUUUAUCCUAGAAGAAACCCAAUAUGUGAUAAGGCUCUAUGAAAGAGUAUUAAGAAGGAAGUUGAAUUGGCAAAAAGAGAUGAG